AAAUCGCAGAAAAAAAGUGAAAUUCUUGGCAUAAUAUAAGUGGGAAAACAAAUUAAAUAGGAAAAGGUGAAAGGAAAAGAAGAAAAAUUGAAAAAACUAGUUGGAAGAAAGAGGGGGUUUGUGCUCUUUUCUUGUUGCCUGAGGCAGGCAUCUUUUCUUCUCGCUUUAGUGCUCUUUUUCUGACUCCCAUUUCCUUACCCUUCUUCUUUCUGCUAUUCUAUUUCUGUUUUUAUCAAUUUUUUUAUUCCAAGUUUCAAUCUUUCUCUCUGCAUUCAGCUAAUUUCCUAGCUUCUAUUUCUACCCAUUUCCUCCUGCUGAUCAUAUUCCAUUUUUUUUUGCUUUAGCUAAAAUCUUUCCGCCAUUGAUCACUGCAAAAUACUCAUCCCCUCUCGUCAUCUGACAAGAUUGAAUUUUUUAUAUAUAUUUCCCCCCAAUUUCUGGGCCUUUGGUUUUUUUGUCCCUUGUUGGAUUUGCCGUGGGAUUCCAUUUCCACUGGCAAAUUCUGCGGUAAAUUCUAUUUGGGGUUGUCUUGAUCAAGCUUUAAACUAAGCCUUUGUGGAUUAGCCCUUGGGACUCUGUCCAAACUUUUCUCUUGAAUCUUCGUUGUUCUUGAUUCCAUGGGACUUUGUCAUGGGAAACCCAUUGACUCCCCCGAAAAUCUCUCUGGAAAUUCGAUAAUUCAAGCUGAGAACAAUGAGCACGCACUCAAUUCAACUGGGAAAACCCCCAAAUUCCCAUUUUAUAGCCCUAGCCCUCUGCCUAGUUUAUUCAAGAACUCCCCUGCUAAUUCCAGCAGUGUUACUUCGACCCCUCUCCGGUUUUUCAAGCGGCCGUUUCCGCCGCCAUCGCCGGCGAAGCACAUCAAGGCGUUGCUAGCGAGGAGGCAUGGCUCUGUGAAGCCCAAUGAGGCCACAAUACCUGAAGGGAGUGAGUGUGAGAUUGUUGGGUUGGACAAGAAUUUUGGGUACUCGAAGAGUUUCUAUAGUCAUUUUGAGAUGGAGGAGGAGGUUGGUAGGGGCCACUUUGGUUUUGCUUGCGCUGCUAGAGGGAAGAAGGGGUGUUUGAGAGGGCAGGAUGUGGCUGUUAAGGUUAUCCCGAAGUUGAAGAUGACUACAGCAAUUGCUAUCGAAGAUGUGAGACGAGAAGUAAAGAUACUACGUGCAUUGACGGGGCACAAGAACUUAGUGCAGUUCUAUGAGGCCUACGAGGAUGAAGACAGUGUCUAUAUAGUGAUGGAGUUGUGCAACGGAGGAGAGCUUCUAGAUCGCAUACUUUCUAGGGGUGGAAAGUAUGCGGAAGAAGAUGCAAAAGAUGUGAUGGUACAGAUUUUAAAUGUAGUUGCAUAUUGUCAUCUCCAAGGUGUGGUUCAUCGGGACCUAAAGCCUGAGAAUUUUCUCUUCGUCUCCAAAGAUGAACGCUCCUCUUUGAAGGCCAUCGACUUUGGACUCUCUGAUUAUGUAAAGCCAGAUGAAAGACUGAACGAUAUUGUUGGAAGUGCUUAUUAUGUGGCACCUGAAGUCUUGCAUAGAUCUUACGGAACAGAGGCUGACAUGUGGAGCAUAGGUGUGAUUGCUUAUAUUCUUCUUUGUGGAAGCAGACCCUUCUGGGCGAGGACAGAAUCUGGAAUCUUCCGGGCUGUUCUAAAAGCUGACCCUAGUUUUGAGGAAGAUCCGUGGCCAAAUUUGUCUCCUGAUGCCAUAGAUUUUGUGAAACAAUUAUUGAACAAGGACUAUCGGAAAAGGCUAACUGCAGCUCAGGCUCUUAGUCAUCCAUGGCUGGCUGGUCAUCGCGACGUGAAAAUUCCUCUUGAUAUGAUCAUCUAUAGGCUUGUUAGAGCUUAUAUAUGCUCUUCUUCGUUGAGAAAGGCAGCUUUAGGGGCUCUUGCAAGAAGUUUGACCAUUCCCCAACUAGCGUAUCUUCGAGAACAGUUUACGUUAUUAGGUCCAAGUAAAAGCGGAUUUGUUUCCUUACAGAAUUUCAAAUCGGCAAUGGUAAAGAAUUCGACUGAUGCAGUGAAGGAUUCACGUGUUCUCGAAUAUGUUAAUGUGGUGAGUUCUCUUCAGUACAGGAAGUUCGAUUUCGAAGAAUUCUGCGCUGCAGUUGUAAGCGUGCACCAGCUGGAAGGAGUAGCUAGCUGGGAGCAACAUGCACGCAGCGCGUAUGAAUUCUUUGAGAAGGAUGGGAAUAGACCCAUUAUGAUAGAAGAGCUUGCUUCAGAGCUUGGACUAAGUCCAUCUGUUCCAGUCCAUGUAGUUCUGCAAGAUUGGAUUAGGCAAUCGGAUGGGAAGCUUAGUUUCUUGGGAUUCGUAAGGCUUCUGCAUGGAGUGUCCUCUCGCGCAAUUCAGAAGGCUUGAAGCUCGUUCUAUCACUGUGCUUACCACAUUUGCUUGAUAAAGGGGCAUCCUUCGCGUCCCUGUUAGGUCUUGCACAUAUUUGUUGGACGUUGAAAGCUAAUACCGUGUUUGCAGCAGCGUAUGAUCCGCCUUCGGUAUGUCUCGUUAGUUUCAUUUCCGUACCUGUAUUCUGGCGUGAGAUGUAGAGGAAUGGAAUGUAUAGGUGGGAGUGGUAGUAGCAGAGGUGUUUUCAGGUCUAAAUUACAGCUUGUGCCUUUGGUGUAUUACUUUGUGUAACCUGUGCACCUAGCUUCUCAAUAAGUUAUAUAGUUGUGAAGAGCUGUUGAGUAACAAAA